AUGCGGCGUGUAUGGACAGACAUUCUUACUUCGCUGUCUGUGGAUGUUCAUACGUCGCACGGCCUACAAAGGCUUUGCGAAGAGUGGACAGAGCUGGAGCAGACAUGUGUUCGCCUAUAUGAUCUGCUCACACCGCUCCUUCAUGCUGACCAUGAUCGUCUAUCGUGGCACGACACAUGCCUGGCCUGGUGGGCGCAUGGCUGUGAUCGGAUUCAUGCACGACGUGCGAGUGCACAAGCACUGUACCAACUGGCGGACGAGGCACGUCAGGGUCGCCUGCCUUCCGACGUAUGGCGUCGUACGCUCCUGUGCGUACGUGCAUGGAACUGGCCGCUCGAUGCAGUGGAAACGCAGGCCCAGUCAUUUUAUACGUCCCACGGACCAGGUGACAUGGUCGAUGCACCCUUCCUAUGCCGCGCUGCUCAGUGGCUGGCGAACGAGGAAGCCUGGCAGGCGUGGAUGCCGUCCUCGCAAGCGCCGGCGCUACUUCUGCAUACGCUUGUGGACGCACACUUGAAAGCGUAUGAGCAAGGGUUUACGACGCUCCUUGCGCAUCCGGCCGCCAUGCAGGCAUGGUAUACGCUUCUUACGGCGGCCCAACAACAUGCAUGGAUGCGCCAUGUCGUACGUACGCAGAUGGAGAAGCACGUAUGGCAUCUUCUCACGGCAUCGACCGAUCUUAUGUGUACAUCCCUGUUGACCUGCUGGCAGAUUUGGCAAGCUCGCUGGGCCGAUAGUUUGGAUCAGGAUGCAACAUUGCAAGCGGCGAUGCGUGAUGCUAUGGAGGCGGCGCUACCCGCUUAUGCGCCUACGGUAGCUACGCAGCUCACGCACAACCUCGAUACAUACCUACGGCGUGUGACCACUUCCUACGAGGCGCACAUCGAUACGGCUAUGCAUCUCUUCCGAUGUUUGCCGGACAAGGAUGCAUGGGAAGAAACGUAUCGCAGAACAUUGGCGGAUCGCUUACUUCAUGACCAAGCCCGCUCCUUGGACGCGGAGCGGUACGUUGUCACGCAGCUCAAGCAUAUAUGUGGUCCCUUUUACACCCGCAAGCUCGAUACAAUGCUCACAGACAUGGAGCUAAGUGCGCAAUGGCAGCAGGCCUUUGCAGAGCGGCGCACAGCGCCCUCCUCGCUGCACGUUCAGGUGCUUACCCAAGCACACUGGCCGUCGAUACCCUGCACGCCUAUGGCAUUGCCACCAUACAUGCAAGAAGCCUUGACAGAGUAUGAAGCCAUGUACCAAGCCGCACAUACGGGGCGCACACUGCAGUGGUGUCAUGAUUUAGGCACGCUUACGCUCCAAACCAAGUGGGACGAUACUGUGGUUUAUGUGCAUGGAUCGACAUGGCAAGCGGCCAUUCUUCUCUGCUUCAAUGCGAGAACAGAAUGCACAGGCACACACUUGCAAACGACGACACAGCUUCCGUGGCCUGUGUUGGAAUCAACACUGCAGACCUUUCUCCGUAUGUCUACACCUCUGCUAUCCAAGACACCUGCCGACACAACGAUGCGGCCGGCAGAUACGUUUCGACUUACGACGCAUCUGCCUACCAAGCGGCGGCAUAUCCGUCUUCCGUCCCCCCACACGCAUCCAUCUGCGAUGCCGAUCUCGACGACAACUGCGACGCCUACAUUGGUCGAUGUGGAUAUGGUGCUGCAAGCGGCGAUCAUGCGUAUCCUGAAAGCAUCAAAGCGCGCAUCGCAUGCUACGCUAGUGUCUCGUGUUAUCGAGGCCGUGCAAGAGAAGGUCACAGCCACGCCUUCUGAUGUGAAAAAGGCCAUCGAAAAGCUUAUGGACAAGGUAUGUGUCUACGACGACUGA